CCAUAUGACUGGUGUGUUAUGAACAAAACGGUCGAAGGSAAGCAGUGUACCAUCCUCUGGCAUGUUGAUGAUAUAAAAGUAUCACAYGYAUCAGCRGACGUGGUAACUUCAGUACUCAACCAGAUAGAYGAAAAGUACGGUAAAGUCACCCCGCUGGUACAAACCAGAGGAAAAGUGCAUGAAUAUUUGGGCAUGACCAUGGAUUUCUCCCAGACAGGAGUGGUAAAAUUCACCAUGYAUGAUUACAUMGCCAACAUGCUCAAGGARCUACCAGCSGAGUUGUUYCCGACCGGAGAAUCGAUAACACCAGCCGGGGAUCAUCUCUUUGACGUCAAUGAGACGGAUCCCAUACUGCUUGAUGCCGGGGCAAGUGCUCUGUUCCAUACGAAUACAGCCAAGCUAUUGUUCUUGGCUAAGCGAGCCCGCCCGGACAUACAGUUGCCAGUGGCAUUUCUCUGCACCAGGGUAAAACAUCCCGACAAGGAUGACCUCAAGAAAUUGAAUCRGGUGAUGAAGUAUCUCCGUGGAACCAUGGGGCUCCCAUUGCUCUUAGGGAUCGACGGAUCCGGUGUUAUGAGAUGGCAUGUGGAUGYGGCAUUUGCAGUCCAUAAGGACAUGCGAAGUCACACCGGAAUGACAAUGACCAUGGGCCAGGGAUCACCCUGCUCAGCAUCAUCGAAGCAGAAACUCAACACGAGAAGCUCCACGGAAGCUGAAAUUGUUGGGGUCGAUGAUGAGCUGACACAGGUCCUAUGGACAAGRUAUUUCCUYGAKGCGCAGGGCUUCCCGCUCCARGACAACAUACUAUAUCAGGAUAAUCAAAGUGCAAUUAAGCUGGCCCGCAACGGAAAACGGUCCAGUGGGAAGAGGACUCGUCACAUGGACAUCAGAUACUUCUUCAUCACCGACCGAAUCAAUGCAAAGGAAGUGAGUGUUGARUAUUGYCCAACCCUYGAGAUGGUAGCGGACUACUUCACCAAACCAUUGCAAGGGUCCCUAUUCAGGAAAUUUYGGAACCUGGUAUURGGUAUCAAUGAAGACGAUGUUCCAGGGUAUCGACAGAGUGUUAAGGAAGAGCUGGACCACAGAGAACAGCUACGAAAGGCRAAGGCACUGGAGGAUGAUCUUAUGAAGCAACAGCAGCAGCAAGAACACGGAACAGCAGCUGCUACUGCUGAUAAAUAAGAUCACAGGAGUGUGUUGAAGAAGAAAGAACCCGGAGGUACGACAGGCGAACCAUAACGGACAUCGGCGAACCAGAAUCUCUAAGUACGAUAUAUGGAUAUUUGGUAAAUAGGAGAGAUAAAAGAAUGAGCGAGAGGCAUCAAAGAAAUUAUGGAAAACAAUACAUCAGUGCAAUCUAGUGAUUCUAGAGUAAUUCUCAUUCUUUAUAAUUUUAUUCAGUUAACAGUGUAAUCGACACUU